CCCAGCUAUCCAUGUGCCGGAAGUGGCGUAACCGGAAAAAGCCCCAAAAAUUCUAUGGCGGUGUUUUCCAUUGUGACUUCGCUAAUCGCUAAUGCGGUAUCUAAGCGAAGAUUUUUGUUUUUCGUAGUGGUAUGAUUGGUAGAUAUGACUCAACAGCACAAAGUCUGUCAGCUAUAGCCAAAGUACAAACACAUCAAGCCAUAUUCAGGAGUGAUGGAUGACACACAGGAAAGCUCGGACUCAGAGGCCGUUGGUCCUCUGUACAGUUUCCGGAUGGAGCCAAACACUCCGGACUCCCUGAACAACGCCUGUCUGUUGAAUGAGAGCGACUACCUGUUAGAAGACCCUGGACUCUCCCAUGAAUUCUCCUCCACUUUUGUUCCAGAGACCCCUAGCCCACUGACUCACACAAGAAAACGACAUUCCCAAAAAGAUGACGACAAAAGUGUGGCAGCAUCGUCCUGUUCGGAUGGGAAGAAAUGGGAAAGACGAGAACACAUUCCAGGAUACCUCAGCACCACUCCAAGCUCCCAAAGAAAAAUGAAGCGGCGCAGACUGGAGGACUCAAAUGCAAGUGCACUGCGUGGAUACUCCGGCUUUACGCCGGGAGCAAAUGGAUUUGUAACGGCCUCGUCUCUUCUACCCUCUGAUUUUACAUGGUUGGAAUCUCCACGUCCAGCAACCUCCUCCGCUUCUCAGGUUUCUGCAUCUUGCAAGCCUUCAUCCUCAGCUGGGUCUUCCACAUGUGCACUGGAUCAAACUAGCGAUCCAGUGUAUUUAACCGAGCUGCUAGUGACGGGUCGCACCUCUAAGCAAAAGACACUAAACACAAGCAAUGGAAGGGAACAGAGACCCAAAAAGAGCAUCAAUAGCAAGACCAGAUCUAAAGCCUCUAAAAGUACAACAGCACACUCCCCUUUACUCGCCAUAGAGGAUGACGCUUUACUGCUGGAUGCAGCAAAGAGAAUGCAAGGACCAUCAAGUUCACCUGUAUGUCCGAUACCAGAAGAUAUUGUCAUCAUAGAGGAUGACGCUGAUGAUGUAGCAGUUGAGAGCAUGGUCCGCUCUGUUCAGAUGGCUGAGGAUGAGGCGUAUGCCAGAAGCCUUCAGGAACAGUUUGAUAUGGAGGAGCGGAUGGAGCAGCAGAGGCAACAGAGCAGUAGAAACCACCACAACCAUAUGGUUGAUCCCUAUGUUGGCUUGGGCUGGAUCUCUCCUUGGGCCUCAUUGAUGAACUCGGCAUCAUUCUCACACGGACCCUCCGAGCUUUCAGAGCUACAGCAGGCCAUCUUUGGAGAGCAACCCCGCAGACAACAGGGACGCCGGCAAACCAGCAGAACACAUAAUUCCCGGCGCAGACAGCCUCGCUUAGAAACAGACUUAUUUGAUGACAGCCAAGGAAAUAAUUAUGAGGCUCUUUUAGCUUUCGAGGAGCAACAAGGUGCUGUAGUAUCCAAGAACACUCUGACUAAGGCCGAGAUCGAACGGCUGCCCGUAAAAACCUACAAUCCCGCACACAGUGCAGGAAAGACAGACUGCCAGAUCUGUUUCAGCGAGUACAAGGCGGGUGAACGACUCAGGAUGCUUCCAUGUCUCCACGAUUACCACGUGAAAUGCAUCGACCGCUGGCUAAAGGAAAACGCCACCUGUCCCAUCUGCAGAGCGGAUAUAUCAGAAUGUGGUGGUUUUUCUUGAGCGCACACAACUUCAGGACUCAGUAUCUACCUCACAGCUGGUCAUGUGACUCCCUAUUUGUCUUUUAAACAGUCUUAUUUUGAGUGUUAUUUAACGCUUUUUAAAUGCAUAAUAUUGUCUGAUGUUCAAACCAGCAUAAGGCACUGCCAAGCAACUGUAUUAUUUAGAAAGAUCCUUCUAAAACAUAUCAGAUGUGAAUUUAACACCAGUGGCAACAAAUCGACAUUGUUAGCAAUAGCGAAACUUGCAUUUAUGAUUUUCAAAUAAAAUCACUUUCUAUACA